AUGGCCAAUGCGCAUCGGACCAACGUUUUAGUCACGUCGUGCCUGAAGACCCCUGUAGAUCCGCACACCAAGGCCCCUUUGGCUUCAUACGAGCGGGAGCGAGUCCUGCCCUGCACCGACAACACGGAGUAUGACCAGGAGUUGGAGUUUGAGGACUGUGGCUCUGAGUUCUAUGAUGAAGAUUACCUGAGGAGCAGAGGUCCUGUGGUAAAUUUAAGAGCUUCGGGCGACCGCAUAGACCUCAGUAAAAUCUUCUUCUCAAACGAGGAGUACUACACCAAACUGGAGGAGCUGAAGAAGGCCCACCUGCGCACCAUGGCCGAGCUGGAGAGCAUGUACCGGAGGAAACUUCAACUCAAGUCCACUGAGCUACUGGACGGAGAGUCUACAGAGGCUGGGCACAGGAUUCAUUGGCCCAAUAGUAGUCCAUUAGUUUCCCAUCGUUUGAGGAAGUCCCACUCUGCAGUCGAGCUUCGGUAUGGACUCUCAGACUCAUCAGACGAAGAUGAGGACAUAGACACCAGCAACACAGACAAAGGUCUCCAAUUUUCCCCAAAUGACCACAUCAAAAACAUGUGGGUGGACUUUAAAUUCUCCCCUCCAACGCGCCGGCUGUCCUCCUCCCUGCGCAGUCUAUCCCUCGACCCAAACAAUCCCAAAAAACAUAGACACAAGAAAAGAUCCAGUAAGGAGACAUGGAAGCAUCGCGUGACCGUACCUAAGCCAUUCCAUAUGAUGCUACGAGAAGAAGAGAGGAGAAAAAGAGGAAUAAAAACCCGCUCUGAAAUCGAACACGAAAAUGCAGAGCUGCGAAGACAACUGGAGGAGCUCACCGAAUGCCAAAGAAAGUUCAGAGCUAGUCCAGUCCCUGCUCACGUUCAUCUACCUCUGUUUGAAGAGCUGCAAGAAAAAAGCGAGGAGCGAAGGAAAACUAUCAGAGAAGAAAAUUACCUGAAAAGUCUCCAGAAGCCUUUUAGUUUUUUAGAAAGAGAGAGGUUGAAAAAAGAGCAGAGGCAACAGCAAAAAGCAGCACAGUCCAAUCAAGAUAAGUUCAAGCCCUUCAAAGCAAAACCAGUGCCCAAGUCUGUGUACGCAGCGGCCACUGGGGACCAAAUGAAGGAAGAACAACUUUAUCGGUCUAUCAAAAUACAUAUGAGAGCUCAAGAGAUGCUUUCCAGUGCUUCUAUGCCGCCUUCUAUGCUAGCACGUCGACUUGAUCAACGCAAAACGACCAAAGACGAGGAAAAGGAUUGCACUUAUCAACCAAAGAUCAACAAAGAGGUCCCAGAUUUUGACGCCAGCUACAGACGGUUUAAGAAACACCUGGAGAAGCGUAAAGAGGUGAAACCCACCACAUCCUGUGAGCCAUUUGAACUAAAGACCUCCCAGAUCUCGUCUCAUCGGGAGAGGAUUCUGGCUGAGAUUGAAAAUGAGCAGAAGAGCCCCAGAGCUCUGCGCUGGCCCUACAGCCCAGAGCCGCCACGUCACACACCCCCCUCCAGCCUCUGCUCCUCUCUGUCCGGCAGCACCGAGCUCCUGCCCAGCAAGAGCACCAGCGCAGCCAGGAAAAGACAAGAAGCUGUCAGAAAGGCAUUGGAGCAGAGGAGGAGGGUGGAUGCAGAGGAGGAGCAGUGGAGAGAGAAGCAGAGGCAGAGAGAGAAGAGGCUGCAGACAAUGGUGGUGAAACGCGCCCAAGCCAAUGACCCACAUCUGUCCCUGUCCCAAACGCAGCCCAGCAAACUUAAGGAAUUCAGGAAAAUGGAGCUUCAACGUAAAAAGGAGUACCAACAGGAGAUAAAGGAGAUGAGACAAAGAGUCAAGGGGAGACCACUUCUACUGGAGCAGGUGGCACAGAGGAAUGCUAAACAGGCUGCAGAGAAGCGCUUCACAGAGGCUCUUCAGGGCUGUGAUGUGACCCAGGAUUUCAUCACUAAAAAUGCGGCUAAGUCCACCUCCACUUCUGCUCGCAAACCCUCGUCCUCCACUGACAGCAAAGUCAGUGACAGAGAUGAUCCGGACAUGGGGUACAAACCUGUGCACUUCAGAAAGGUCUACUUGAACGACGAGGGCGUGGAGUCAGACCCAAACGAGCCUGAAAUGUCUCAAAAAGAGACAGAGGGAGAGCAGAGCGAUAGAGAGAGAGAGGAGGAGAAAGAUGAGGAAAGAAAGGGGAAGAGAGAAGACCAGUCAGAGGAGGAUUGUCCUGCAGAAUCGGAUGAGAACUACUCCGAUGACUACGAGCAGUAUUCAGACAACAGCGGACAAGACGAGAGCAAAGAGGAGGCAAAUUGUUAACAGGAUAAUAAUAAUGCUAUUAUACUACUACUACUACUAUUACUACUACUAAUACAGCAUCUGACAGGAGGCAAAGAGGAAGCAAAUUAAUAACAUGAUAGUAAUAUAAGAUAGUAAUAUCCCCAGAACUGAAGAAGCAUCUUGGAUGAGCUGCGAAACCUCUUCAACCAAACUAACUUUUGUCCAGUCGACAAAUUGAAUUUUCUCCUCAACAUGAU